AUGGACAGCAAAGACGCACUCCUGCAAAGCGAGGCUUUUUCCCUGGAGGAAAUCUUCGAGUGCGACAUAACGAACGAGGAAAACAAAUCCAUAGUCGACUAUUUGAGACAAAUGCAAAAUGAGAGGGACCAACUUCCAAGUACAGUCAGCGUGAGGAGCAUAAAAGGGGCAGAACAGCAAAGUGGAAACAAUGACGGGAAAUACAGUUCAAAGCAUCAAAUAUUUGUACUACUAGACAAAUACAAGGAGACUAAUUUGACGAAGUAUGACGGUUCCAGUUGGAAGGAGGAAGUUGUGCAUCAUGUGAGAAGUGUGAGGAAAUAUAUCCACAGAAAAUACAACAGGAGAAUAAUCGAUGGGUUGAAGUACCAUAGUGCUAAGUGUGCUGUAUUGUCGAAACUUAAAAGAAGAGAAAACUUGAUUUCAAUCUUUUCCUCAUCGCCGCUGUGCAUUCAUCUGUAUCUCUAUGGUAUUAACUACAAACAGGUGGUUCACUACCUGCAUGUGAUAGCUAGCCAUUUGGUUGAUCGGCAGGAGGGGCACUCGUGGAUGAUGUACGUCUGGAUUAUUUAUUUGCUCAUUCUGCUCGACUCGCUGCAGGCCCUGGACUCGAGCGUCUCCUCGGAUUUGCAGGCGAUCAAGCGGGCUUGCGCGGAGAGGGGGCAAAAGCACAGCGAUGUGGAGAAGCAAAACGAUGUAGAGAGGAACCGCGAUGUGGAGAAGAACAGCGAUGUAGAGAGGAACCGCAAUGUGGAGAAGAACAGCGAUGUAGAGAGGAACCGCGAUGUGGGGAAGCACAACGCCGCGCACCCAAGCGAGCUAACCUUCCUGACCCAUUUUUAUUGCAACUCACCAAGUGGAGUAAGCAGCACGGCGUAUUCGUCCCACUGUCCCCAAUCCAUUUAUUACGUAAUUUACUACCUCAUCACGGACAUAUUUAAUCAGAAAUGA